GGGCCAGGCCGGGGCGGAGCGGGAGCGCGGCGCGACCCCGUCAUGUCCAAGCACGUGUUUCUGACGGGACCCCCAGGGGUUGGAAAGACUACUUUGAUCCAGAAAGUCACUCAAGCUCUAAAAUCCUCAGGUGUUUCCAUCGAUGGAUUUUACACACAGGAAGUUAGAGAAGGUGGCAGGAGAACGGGAUUUGAUGUUGUCACUCUGUCUGGAAACCGAGGACCUUUAUCUAGAGUCAGUCCCAGUUCUGAUUCUUCUGCUUCAAGACGUGAAUACCGGGUUGGACAAUAUGUUGUAGACCUUGUUUCAUUUGAGCAGUUGGUUCUACCUUUGCUGAGAAAUGUAAAUCAUGGAGGUGACACAGAGAAAACAAUUUGUGUCAUAGAUGAGAUUGGUAAAAUGGAACUCUUCAGCCAGGCUUUUAUUCAAGCUGUUCGUCAAACGCUGGCUGGCUCGGGCAUUGUGGUACUUGGAACUAUUCCAAUACCUAAGGGAAAGCCACUGGAUCUUGUUGAAGAAAUAAGAAGUAGGAAAGAUGUUAAAGUGUUCAAUGUUAGUAAAGAAAACAGAAACAGCAUUUUGCAAGACAUCUUGGCAGCUGUGGAAUCCUGCAGAAAAUGAAGACGUUUUCGGUCCUGUAAACACUAAUGCUUUCAUUUCAACAAAACAUUACAACAUUUUGUGGAUGGUUUAGAGUCUGUCCUUCCUGCUUUAGUCUCCUGUAGGCUUUACUGGAGCCUUCAGGGUAAGCAGGGUAAAGCUGGUAAUACUCUAAAAUGGGAUUGCAGGAUUGUAAUUUAUUCAGAUCACUGAAUUAAAAAAAUUGAACAGAUGUGUAUCUAACAUCCAUUUCUAAUCUGGAUGUUUGGAAGUUAGGUGGUCAACUCUGAUCUGAGUUACCUCAUGUGAAAACAAUUAACUGUACAAUCUGUUUGACAUCUUAGUCUUUCUGAGUGUGUUUGACUGUUCUGCCUACAGAUCAAUUCAAUAUCUGCAACAUAGCCCUGGUGCAACAGAACAGAACCCUGUCCAAAAUGUGUAUGAGUCCUGCCUGGUUUAUGUGGGAAUAUUUAGCUGUUGGGGACCCAGCUUAGGUAUGUUCAAGUGUGUUUUAGUGUGGGUACUGACAAAUCAGCAGGUAGAGGGGAAUAAGCAGAUAUGCUCUCUCCUCCUAUUCCCCAGGCACCCCUGUCUGCAGUUGCAGUGUAAGAAGGGUUAUCCAGAGUUACAAGGAAACUUCCCAUAGUCACAAGUGACAUGUACAGAAUUCCAUUUUGGGAGGAAAAAUAGCCAAAUCUACGCUCUCUUACAUGGCCCAGACACUAAUUGAUAAGAAGACUGCAUUUUGAAUUAAUUUUCAAUUUUUCUGGUGGCAGUCCUGUCCCACACCUCCUUACAAAUAAUAUAUAUAAAAAUCUUCAAGUCCAUGAAGUUCAUCACGUCUUGUUUUUUUCAUGCUGAGUUUAAGCCAUGAUUGACUAAAUACUGCAUUUGUCUGUAUUAAUUUUACAAUCUGUUAUGUUUGUUGAUACUUUUGUUUGUUUGGGUUUUUUUCCUUAUUCAAUUCUAUACAUGCUUAAUGGUGAAAGAGGUGUUUGAGAAAAUUAGACAAUGUGUUCCCCUGUGAGGAAUGUAAAUGUGUUCAGCAAAAGUGCUGCCAGUUAAUCAGUUUUGCAUGUUGUGAAAACAGAAUUCCCUCCCAGGUGCACACUGUUGUUCAUUGUAAAAUUUAUGGUCAUCUCUGUCUGAAGAAAGUUGUUAAAAAUUCAGUUGUUUCUUGACUUUUUUUUUUGUUCAGUUCAAUGACUGUUAAAAUGAGCAAACUAUUUAAAGGCAUCUUGAAGUA